AUGAGUUCUCCAUCGUUCAUCUUACCAGAUAGCCCACCCCCGCAGCGUGUGCUCAACUAUUGGCAGCGCAAAGCUGCCGAGUCGUGUGCCGCCUCUUCUGCUGCUGCUGCCGCUACCGCCUCCGCUGCCUCCCCCGCCUCCUCCUCUGCCUCACCCCUGAACAUCAGGCAGAAGCAGGCGAAGAGGAAAUUAACGUUCGAGGAGCCAGAUGUUAGCGGGGAAAAGGAGGAGGAGGUGCUCACUCAAUCAAAGAAACGUGUGCCGGAAGAGAACUCAUCCAUGCUACCGCUGAUGGAGGAGGUGCGACGAAGGGAGGAGGAGGAAGCGGAGAACAAGAUGUACGUGGAGACGGAGGACUUGCUCGCCAUUAUAAAUAGUCGGGUGGAGAAACCGUGGACGCCUCUCCGGCAGUUGGUGGAGGACACGGCGUACCCCAUCGUGGGGGUACGGGAGAUCACAAACCAACAUGGUCGCCAUGUAAUUUUAAAAGUGCAUUUAACAUCUGUACGGCUGACGGACAUAUACAUGCCGGAGAGGUAUAGCCGCAGUUUGACGUCCAAAGUUAUUGAACAUUUUAACAAAAAUUGUAAAUCCCUAUGUCUGUUUGUGAAGCAUGUUAAUGCUUUUUUGACAGACAUAAAAAUUGUUAAGUGCAAAAUUAGCAAAUUUGGCAUUUAACUAUAUUUAUGUCGGUGAGCAUUAACAUGUUUUGCAUUAAAUAUGUAUAAAUUUGUUAUG